CUCCUCCCUGCACUCUGCCACUCUCUGUCUGCAUCAUCAAGAAUAGAGCCUCUGACUCAGGGGGAAGAGUACAAGGUAAUUUGGCCGGAUCAUCCAGAGUUUGUGCGUAUGGCAGCGCGAUUUGGCGCUACAAUCGUGCCAUUUGGUACUGUGGGCGAAGAUGAUAUAGCUGAUAUACUUUUUGACUUCAAUGACUUAGCGGAGAUCCCUUAUUUCAUAGAGUAUGUCAGAGAAUUGCAGCGAGGCUCGGUUAAGUUCAGAGAUGAGAUAAGUGGUGAGGUAGCAAGCAGAGAUAUAGCUCCACCAUUGAUUCUUCCAAAAUUGCCUGGAAGAUUCUACUAUCUAUUUGGGAAGCCAAUAAGCACAAAAGGGAUGGAGAACAUGCUUAAAGACAGAGAAGCUGCCAACAAGCUAUACCUUCAAAUUAAGUCAGAAGUUGAGAACAAUAUGGGUUACUUGCUCAAGAAAAGAUUAAGAAAUCGCCUUGCUUGGAUGCAAAAUUAUCAGACAUAUGCCACUGGCACAUCAACUGCACCAACCUAUCUCCCUGCUCUCCAGUUCACCAAUAAAGAUCCAAAAGGAAAUGUGCAUGAAUUCAACCUCAUUGAUGGUGGUGUUUGUGCCAAUAAUCCGAAAUUUGAUGCAGUGUCACGCUAUGGUAUAGAAGGUGGUGGCUUAAGCUUUUUCAGUGACAUCGCACUUCUACUUAUUGAUGAAGUCCAUCUGUUGAAUGAUCCACAUAGAGCAGCAUUGGAAGCGAUUGUUAGUAGAAUAAAGAUCGUUUCUUGCAAUCCAAAAAUGAAACUAAAUCCUCUUGCUCAGGUGCACUUGGUUGCUGUGUCAGCCACAAUUCCAAAUAUUGAGGAUCUAGCUGAGUGGAUUAAGGUUCCUGAGGAAGGGAUUAAAAGGUAG